GCGACGCAAAACGAGGUGUCGUUAUGAGUAGUUUGGCAGACGUUCAAUCAGUACUCAAGUCAACGUUCUCCAGUUCAGAGUUCCGCAGCAGUUACAAAAUCCAACUCAAAAUGGCAAAGAUUGCUCUGAUCUUCCUUCUGUUCGCCCUGUUCGCCGUGGCCAUGUCCGCUAGUGUGCCCAGUGGAGAGGCAUCUAAUCCCGUGCAAGACGUUGCAAACCAAAUCGCAAAGGCCUUCAGGGAAAAUACGACUCCGGAAAAAAUUGAAGAACUCAAGGAGAAAUUUGGCGAAUUCUGGAAUGCCGCUCUUGAAAGUGCCAAGAAGAUUUCUGCCGAGACUAACCAGAAAAUCCAGGAAUUCGAGAACAAAGCCCACUAAGACGUUGAUAGAUGGCAAUAUAUUUACUACACAAAAAAAGUCUAUAAUAAAUGUGUAAACUUUAAA